AUGGCCCAUGCCUCCGCAUCGGUGGACAAGGGCGUGGUGCCCCUGGCUGGCACCAACGGCGAGACCAUGACUCAGGGUCUCGAUGGCCUCAUGGAGCACUGUGCCCAGUACAAGAAGGACGGCGCUGGCUUUGCCAAGUGGCGCUGCGUGCUCAAGAUCACGGCGCACACGCCCACGCGCCUCGCCGUCAUGGAGAACGCCAACGUGCUGGCGCGCUACGCCAGCAUCUGCCAGCAGAACGGCAUUGUCCCCAUCGUGGAGCCCGAGAUCCUCCCGGACGGUGACCAUGACCUCAAGACGUGCCAGUAUGUCACCAAGAAGGUGCUGGCAGCCGUGUACAAGGCGCUCAGUGACCACCACGUGUACCUCGAGGGGAUGCUGCUGAAGCCCAACAUGGUGACAGCAGGACACGCCUGUGCCACCAAGUACAGCCCCGAGGAAAUCGCCAUGGCAACGGUCACCAUGCUGCGAUGGACCGUGCCACCCGCCGUGCCAGGGAUCACAUUCCUUUCGGGCGGUCAGAGUGUGGAGGAGGCCUCCAUCAACCUCAACACCAUCAACCGCUGCCCGCUGCUGCAUCCCUGGGCGCUGACCUCGUACGGCCGCGCCCUGCAGGCCUUGGCCCUCAAGGCCUGGGGCGGCAAGAAGGACAACACCAAGGCGGCCCAGGAGGAGUACGUCAAGAGAGCCCUGGCCAACUCCCUGGCAUGCCAGGGUAAGUACACCCCCAGUGGCACCGCGGGGGCGGCAGCCAGCGAGUCCCUGUUCGUGUCCAACCACGCCUACUGAGAGGUGGACAUCUGGACAUCUCCUGACC